GAUUAAUAUUUAAAAGGAUCAAAAUCACUCAGUUCUUCAGUUCUGUUUAGUCACUCUCUCUGCAGCUGAGGAGACACUGGCUAUAAAAUGUGGGGAAGGCUGUACAGCUGUUUCCUGGUUUCUCUCCUGUUGAUGGUGGUCUGUGCUGCCCCCCAGAAAGACCACGAUCAUUCAGAAGACCACCAUCAACAUCUCCACCAUGGUAAGGAUGAACCUCACCCCAGCCACGAAGGAGCAGACGAUCUGUCCCACAGACUCUCCCCCCACAACGCCGACUUCGCCUUCUCCCUCUACAAGAAGCUCUCCACCCACCCUGUAGCCAAAGGCAAGAACAUCUUCUUCUCUCCACUGAGCAUCUCCAUGGCUCUGUCCAUGCUGGCUCUGGGAGCUAAAGGUAACACCCACUCUCAGAUCUUCAGCACCCUGGGCUACAGCACCCUCACUCCUGAUCAGGUUAAUGAAGGGUACGAGCACCUGUUCCACAUGUUGGGACACAGUCAGGACGCCAUGCUGCUGGAGGCAGGAAGUGCUCUUGCUGUUCAUGAAGGAUUUAAACCUGUCGACAAGUUUCUGAAAGAUGUUCAGCAUUUUUACGAAGGAGAGGCCUUCACUGUGGACUACUCCAAACCUGAAGUCGCUGUGCAAGAAAUCAACAAGUACAUCGCCAAAAAGACCAAGGACAUGAUCACUGACAUGAUCGAGACCCUGGAUCCACAGACUGUGAUGAUGCUCAUCAACUACAUCUAUUUCAAAAGCAAGUGGGACAAGCCUUUUCAAGCGCGGCUCACCCGUAAAGCCGACUUCAACGUGGAUGAGAACACCAAGGUGUCUGUGGAUAUGAUGUCGAGAUCCGGCCGAUACAGGUUCUAUCGUGACCAAGAAAACUCUACCUCCAUCAUCAAGUUGCCCUACAAAGGCAACACCUCCCUGAUAAUCGCUCUUCCUGAUGAGGGAAAGAUGGAAGAGCUGGAGAAACACAUCUGCAAGGACCAUCUCAGGAACUGGCACGAACAACUGUCUGAAAAGUCUGUGUUCCUGCAAAUGCCCAAGUUCUCCACGUCUGCUUCCAUCAGUCUCGAUGAACCUCUGCAGGAAAUGGGAAUAGUUGAUGCAUUUUCAGGUGCUGCUAACUUUUCUGGGCUCAGUGAAAACGCCAACCUGAAGGUUUCAAAGGUCCUCCAUCAGGCAGUGCUUAAGGUAAACGAGGAGGGCACUGAAGCAGCUGCUGCCACCACUGUAGAGAUCAUGUUGACAUCAAUCCGAACCCAGGAGUCCAUGAUUCUCAACAGACCGUUCCUGAUGUUCAUCGUGGAUUCCAGCACCAGGAGCAUCCUCUUUGUGGGCAAGAUCAACAACCCCACUGCAUUUAGUAAAAAUGGGGUGAGGGGUUGGUUAAUGUUUAAAUGGAUCAAUUUGAUUUGCUCAGUUUUUCAGUUCUCUUCAGUCGGUACAGAAGAUCCCACUCUUUCUGCUGCUGAAACACUUUUCUAUGCAGGCUACAAAAUGUGGGGAAGGCUGUACAGCUGUUUCCUGGUUUCUCUCCUGUUAAUGGUGGUCUGGGCUGCCCCCCAGAAAGACCACGAUCAUUCAGAAGACCACCAUCAACAUCUCCACCAUGGUAAGGAUGAACCUCACCCCAGCCACGAAGGAGCAGACGAUCUGUCCCACAGACUCUCCCCCCACAACGCCGACUUCGCCUUCUCCCUCUACAAGAAGCUCUCCACCCACCCUGAAGCCAAAGGCAAGAACAUCUUCUUCUCUCCACUGAGCAUCUCCAUGGCUCUGUCCAUGCUGGCUCUGGGGGCUAAAGGUAACACCCACUCUCAGAUCUUCAGCACCCUGGGCUACAGCACCCUCACUCCUGAUCAGGUUAAUGAAGGGUACGAGCACCUGCUCCACAUGCUGGACCACAGUCAGGACGAAAUGCUGCUGGAGGCAGGAAGUGCUGUGGCUGUCCGAGAAGACUUCAAGCCCGUCGACAAGUUUCUGAAAGAUGUUCAGCAUUUCUACCAAGGAGAGGCCUUCACUGUGGACUACUCCAAACCUGAAGUCGCUGUUCAAGAAAUAAACAAGUACAUCGCCAAAAAGACCAAGGACAUGAUCACUGACAUGGUCAAGACCCUGGACCCACAGACUGUGAUGAUGCUCAUCAACUACAUCUAUUUCAGAGGUAAAUGGAAGAAGCCUUUUGAACAAAGGUUUACCCAAAAAGCCGACUUUCAUGUGGAUGAUAACACCAAGGUGACUGUGGACAUGAUGCAGAACACGGGACGAUACCAUUUCUACAUAGACUGGGACAAUUCCACUUCAAUUAUAAAGGUGCCCUAUAAAGGCAACGCAUCCAUGAUGCUCAUUCUUCCUGAUAAGGGGAAGAUGCAGGAUCUGGAGAGGAACAUCAGCAAAGAUCAUAUCAAAUACUGGCAUGACAAAUUAUCCUACAGAGUCGUGGAUUUUUCUAUGCCCAAGUUCUCCAUCUCUGCUUCCUCCUCUCUUGCGGAGACUCUGCAGGAGAUGGGAAUGGUUGAUGCAUUCUUAGACAUUGCAGAUUUCUCUGGGAUCAGUGUGGACACCAAACUGUUGGCAUCCAAGGUCCUUCAUAAGGCGGUGCUCAAAGUUGAUGAGAAGGGCACUGAAGCAGCUGCUGCCACCACCAUAGAGAUCAUACCACUGUCAAUGCCAAGAACCAUCACCCUCAACAGACCAUUCCUGGUGUUUAUUGUAGAGGACAGCACAAAGAGCAUCCUCUUCAUGGGCAAAAUAAACAACCCGACUGCAUAGAAGCAGCCAGCACACUUUUUUAUUUAAAGCAACAGCAGAUUAAGCAAAAAGCUAAUAGAAAAUAGUAUGUAAUAUCAGACAUCCCAGCUAGUAAACAAGUGUGUCAAAUUUGGGGAAGUAACUACCAGACCUGCCAAAGCUCUGAACUAAAUAUACUGACAUGCAUGCAUACAUUUGUACAAACUUUUCUACUGAAUGAUUUGUGCAUAAGCAGUUCUCAUCAAUAAAUACAUUCAUUACCAAGACACAA